AUGGAUCGUCCGGAACCAGAGAACAGCCCCUUUACAGCGGUUUCCGCGCAAACCUCGAAGUUGAGAAGACAAUAUCAAGCGUAUCUCGAUGCGUCGACCCCAUAUACCAUGUACCGGUGGAUAGGAACCGGCGUCAUGCUCUUGUUUUUCUUCCUCAGAAUAGUGCUGGCGCAAGGCUGGUACAUCGUGGCCUACACCCUAGGAAUUUACCUACUCAACCUCUUCCUCGCGUUCCUCCAACCUAAAUUCGACCCAUCUCUUACCCAGGACAGCGGACUAGAGGAGGGAGACGCCGGUGCAUCUCUGCCUACUAACCAAGACGAAGAGUUCCGUCCCUUUAUCAGAAGACUUCCGGAGUUCAAGUUCUGGCAUUCGGCAACCGUGGCUGUUACCCUUGCCUUCUGCUGCACCUGGUCUCAGGUGUUCAACAUUCCUGUCUUCUGGCCAAUCCUGGUCGUAUACUGGCUGAUCCUGUUCUGCCUGACGAUGCGCCGACAAAUACAACACAUGAUCAAAUAUCGAUACGUUCCCUUCACCUUCGGCAAGACGAAGUAUGGCCGCACUUAA